AUGAUUAUUGAUUGGUGCCACAGCCGAGGGAUGCGGGAGUUCUCAUCAGAGUAUCAGUGGCACUUACAGGCUAGCCCAAACAUGAGCUCAGUUGGAUAUAAUUUCACACCGGGGUCUACAGCCCAAUAUGUGCAACCAAGGAAGCAUCAAAGACCAAAAUAUCACAUGCCUAUUCAAAGUAAUAAUCCUGUUCCACCUGAAUUGGCAUGGAGCUUCGAAAUUGGAUCAGGGCUCUCUAUUCAUGAUGGUAGACCACCCAGACGAGAUGAGUUUGUGUUUGUUCAUUUGGAAACUUCUAUAGUUGGGGGCUGGCACUUCUGA